AUGCUUCCAUCGCUUCUACGGUCUUUAUCUCGGCUUGGACGGUCGUGGAGACCCCUUGAUUUCUCCAAUCCAAACUUCACACGGAUAAACGAUAGUCAGAGGAUUGAAGAAGAGACCAUCCCAGAUUAUAUUGCUUCACGUUAUUAUCCUACUCGAAUAGGACAAGUCUUUCAGGACCGUUAUCAGGUCGUAGGAAAGCUAGGAUUUGGAGCUAGUUCGACUGCGUGGCUUGCGCGGGACAUGAAUUGUCGUCGUUACGUUACCCUUAAAAUAUUCAUUAACUCCACAUCUUUGGGACAGCAGUUGGAUGACGAGCUUAAGAUGUACCAACGCAUAGAGAAGGCCUCAAAAUUCCACCCAGGUCGCAGUGCUGUCAGAUCCCUGCUUGACUCAUUUGAUGUUGAUGGCCCUGAAGACAAACAUAGAUGCCUCGUGCAUCCUCCAUUGUGGGAGAGUGUAUUGACAUUUUUGCACCGCAAUCCGAUACGGCAACUACCGAAACCAGUUCUAGCAUUUGUGCUUCAGCGCCUAUUUUUGGCUCUAGACUAUCUGCACACAGAAUGCAAAAUCGUACAUGCUGGUUCGUGCUCUUAUACCGUCAUCAACUUUUUGUUUUAA